CUGAUGAGACUGACACCUGGAAGAUAAUAUACAGCCAAUCAAACAAGGAAGCGAGGAAAAUACAGCUGGAAUAUUGCUCAGGCAGCAUGGCGACGCUUCUCAAGCCUUUACUAUUUGGAUAUUUUCGCAGCUCCUGCUCUUGGAGGGUUCGGAUAGCUCUUGCUCUGAAGGGUAUUGAAUAUGAACACCGUUUCAUCAAUCUUAUCAAGGAUGGAGGGCAACAGCUCUCUGAUGAAUACAAAGAGGUGAAUCCUAUGCAGCAAGUUCCAGCUCUGAGGAUUGAUGGCAUCACCUUAAGCCAGUCGCUUGCUAUUAUUGAAUACCUUGAGGAAACUCGUCCAAACCCCCCUUUACUCCCAAAGGAUCCAAAGAAGAGAGCCCAGGUCCGAAUGAUCAGUGACCAUAUAGCAUCAGGAAUACAGCCUUUGCAGAAUCUUUCUGCACUGCAGAGGAUCGGAAACACAAAGGACGAGUGGGCCCAGUACUUCAUUAUACGUGGUUUCCAAGCCCUAGAAAAGAUCCUGAAGGAUACAGCUGGACGAUACUGUGUUGGGGAUGAGGUAACAAUGGCGGAUCUGUGCCUGGUUCCACAGGUGGCAAAUGCUGAAAGAUUUAAGAUUGAUCUGACUCCCUAUCCCACAAUCACCAGAAUUAACCAGUCUCUACUUCAGUUGGAAGCCUUCCAAGUCAGCCACCCAUCACGGCAGCCAGAUACACCCCCAGAACUCCGAGCCUAACUGAGAGGCACCUGUGAUGCUGGGGACUAAAUUCAUCUACCAGUUUAAACUAAAUAAAAAAUAAUCAGACACUGAGACUAUAAAAAAAAAAAAUAAUAUAGUACAACACAUCUCCAUUGCACAACACGGAGGAGGCUACAUUACCUAAACUCCAUCUUCAUACAAAUGUGGAUGAUGUUGGAUGAAUGUUCUUAUACAUCAAUAAAAUACAGAUUUGUA